UGAGAAACUAGAGAAACCAAAGGGGUGCAAAGUUGGUUUCGUAGCCGAGAAACUAGCAGGGGGACCGUUUCACACCGGGCUCCGAACCGUCCUCUCGGCUCCGGUCGUUCACCUUGUCACCGAAGAACUGUGCAGAAGAAGAAGACACGCUCAAAGAGAAGGAAGAGGAUAUUGAAAGUUGGGGAUCUGUCAGAAUCGCAACUUUACUCCAAAGAUGACUCCUGUCCUUCGUCAUAUUGCGUCCAUCUUCGCCCUCAUCGACACUGUUUUGUGUCAUUAUAACUUCGGUGACUUCGCAGUGAGCCAACAAAGUAUUGCUCCAGAUCUCUGAUUAUGUGCUUGUGAUGAUACACGAGCUGCCCUCGCCAUUUCCCAUUCCUAUUGUCUGUAACAAGGACGCCAUCGUUCUACUCGGACCCCGUCCUCCUACUCCACCCUCCGAGUUUCUGGGCCAUGCUCCGCAAGAAAGGCUCUCUCAUUAUUUGUGGCACGUUCCUGUUUAUAACCUGGAACGCCAUACUGGUGCUUCUGCUCUGGGGCAGACCCCCACCCGGCCAGCCGGGCGAGCCUGGCCGAGAGCAGAGAGAAGUGCCCGAAAGGCCCACUAAUGAUGUGGUGGGAGAUGUGCUCCGAAUGGCCGACACGUUCGAGGCAGAGCUUGAACUGCAGAAAAACAUCCUGCUGCAGAUCAAGAACCAGCAGUCGCUGUGGGAGCCGUCAAGCAGAAACGGUCCAAAGGUUGUCGUCCCGGGUCAGCCUGUCAUUCCCAUCCUGGUAAUCGCCUGUAACAGGGUCACGGUGAGGCGAUGCUUGGACAAACUCCUGGAGCUCCGUCCUUCUGCGGAGCUUUUCCCAAUCGUAGUGAGUCAGGACUGUGGGCACGCCGACACUGCCGAGGUGAUCCGUUCCUAUGGAAAUCAAGUGAUUCACCUGAAGCAGCCGGACUUGUCGGACGUCGCGGUGCGACCAGAACACAAGAAGUUUCAGGGUUACUACAAAAUCUCCAGGCAUUACCGCUGGGCUCUCAACCAGGUGUUCAAGACCCUCUCUCAUUCCUCUGCUGUGAUUGUGGAGGAUGACCUCGAGGUGGCGCCAGACUUCUUUGAGUACUUCCAAGCCUUGCUGCCACUCCUGAAAUCGGACCCCAGCCUGUGGUGCGUGUCGGCCUGGAAUGACAAUGGCCGGGACGGGUACGUGGAUCCAGGCAAGGCUGACCUGCUCUACAGGACAGACUUCUUUCCUGGUCUUGGGUGGAUGCUCCUCCGGGAGCUGUGGGAGGAGCUGGAGCCCAAGUGGCCCGCUUCAUUCUGGGACGACUGGAUGCGUCAGCCGGAGCAGCGCCGCGACCGCGCCUGUAUACGGCCAGAGAUCUCACGAACUUUGACAUUUGGCCGGAAAGGAGUGAGUCUGGGUCAGUUUUAUGACAGGUACCUGCGAUACAUUAAACUAAACACUGAAUUUGUGCCUUUCACCAAGUUAGACCUGAGUUACUUGAAGGAGGAGACGUACAGGGAACAUUUUGAGAAGGAUGUUUACAGUGCUCCCGUGGUUGCAUAUGAAGAUGUUAAACAGCUGAAAGGAACUGGGCCCUUCCGCCUUCAAUACACAAGAAAGGACAGUUUCAAAGUGCUGGCCAAAAACCUGGGGGUGAUGGAGGACUUGAAGUCUGGAGUCCCGAGGACAGGAUACAGAGGGGUUGUCAGUUUCAUCUCAAGAGGACGCAGAAUCUACUUGGCCCCUCCUCCAGGAUGGACCAAGUAUGAUCCCACCUAGAGCUGAUAAUCCAGAAGAAAGUUUAUGUGCUAUAUCUCUGAAUGUCAGUGGGGGAAAAGCAUUCCUGACCAAAGACUGACUGUCUUUCACUGAAUGAUAUGUACUUUAGAAUAUUCUCUCUAAUAAUGCAGAAUGGAUUGUCUUUCUGGUGUUGGGGUUAUUGCCAAUGCUACUCAGGUCUUUUUCAUUAUCCUACAGCCUAAACCGUCUGUUAGACAAGACUGCUGCAAGAUCUAUUUUUAUAUUCUGCUAAUUGUGCACAUGACAUUCAUUUAUGCAUUCAGUGCAAUUACAUAGUUUGCCACUUUUGUGUUAAUUAUUUGCAAAUUUCUGAUGUUUGUCUGGUGCAGAUAUGAAAAUAUAAUCUGUGGUAUGGUUGUUUAUGGUGGUGGUGACAGGUCAUAACUGAAGUAUAAUCCGUCAUUUGAUUCUCAUUGUUUGUCUUCUAUGAAAAUCGGUUCUUCCUGCUAAAUUAAUUUAGUUGAAUGAUUUUCCAAUGUAGUACAACUUGCAGGUUUUUUACCUGUUUGUAUAUUUUUGGAAUUAAAAAAAUACACAAUUUU